AAAAAACAACACAAUGAAUGACUGAACGAAAAAGAGCAGAGAGGGACGUGGGCGCGUGUUUUUUGCGGGAGGAGGCGCUAAAUGUUUGCGGCAGAGGAAGACGCGGACCCGCGGCGGAGGAUCUGAGUGAGGACGAGCAGCGCGGCUCCACGCCUCCCCGGUGAGGGACGGCGGCGAUCGCGGACGCGUCGUCCUUUGUGUGCAGACGCGGAAACGCGCCGGCACGUUUUUUUUUUUUUGUGACUCUGACAAAAGAGGACAGAAGACAGAGACGGACGGGACGAACUUUGGUUCGCACCGACCCCGCGUUGAGGCCCCGCUGGACGGCGCCGAAGCCCCGCGGAUCCAUCGGCGCGUGGUUGGGCAAGCCAUGUCCGGCCGCGGAGAGGCGCAGACCGCCGGCGAGCUGAGAGGAGCCGCAGCGUUUGGUGCCUGGAGAGAUUAUAACUGUUCUCCGUUUCGUUUUCUAUGAGUGCGAGAGGAAAGACGGCGCGGGCGAAUGGCAACGCCUGACAAGCGGAUUUCCUCGACGUGACCCCGGUCUCAUUCAGAGUGUGCGUGUGUGUGUUUUUGGGCUGGACGGUUCGGAUGCACGUCGGUUCAGGGUCAAAGGAUUGAUUCAGCGAGGCGAGGGAAAGCCCUGCAUGCCCGCCUCAUUACGCCAUGGAUGACUCGGGGAUAAUCAGGCGCCGCAGGCUGCAGGAUUUGCCGCUGCCGCGCAAGAACAGCAGUUGCCGCACGAGCAACAGGAAGAGUCUGAUCCUGACGACCACGUCUCCCACGCUGCCUCGCCCGCACUCCCCUCUCCCGGGUCACCUCGGAAGCAGCCCCCUGGACAGCCCCAGAAACUUCUCCCCCAGCAACCCCGCACACUUCUCAUUCGCCUCCUCCAGAAGAGCGGAUGGGAGGAGAUGGUCUUUGGCGUCUUUACCCUCCUCUGGAUAUGGCACCAACACUCCCAGCUCAACGUCGUCCAGCUCCUCUCAGGAGCGGCUGCACCAGCUGCCCUCCCAGCCCACCAUGGACGAGCUCCACUUCUUAUCCAAGCACUUUGGCAGCACCGAGAGCAUCACGGACGACGACGGGGGCCGCUGCUCCCCGCACAUGCGCCCGCGCUCCCGCAGCCUCAGCCCGGGACGCUCCUCCUCCUGCUAUGACAAUGAGAUCGUCAUGAUGAACCAUGUGUACAAAGAGCGGUUUCCAAAGGCCACGGCGCAGAUGGAGGAGAGGCUAGCCGAGUUCACCCAGGCCUUCUCGCCCGAGAGCGUUCUUCCUCUGGCCGACGGGGUCCUCAGCUUCAUCCAUCACCAGAUCGCGGAGCUGGCCAGAGACUGCCUGGCCAAAUCACGCGAGGGUCUCAUCACUUCGGUCUACUUCUUUGAACUGCAGGAGAACCUGGAGAAGCUGCUUCAUGAUGCCUUCAAGCGCUCUGAAAGCUCUGAGGUAGCCUUUGUGACGGAGCUGGUGAAGAAGCUUCUGAUCAUCAUUUCCCGACCUGCGAGGCUCCUGGAAUGUCUAGAGUUCAACCCAGAAGAGUUUUACCAUCUCCUGGAGGCAGCAGAGGACCACGCCAAGGAGGGUCAUCUGAUGAAAACUGACAUUCCCCGUUACAUCAUCAGCCAGCUGGGACUGACCAGGGACCCGAUAGAAGACAUGGUGAGCCUGGAAAGUUACGACAGCGAGGGACCAGUGACGCCUGAAACAGACGACUCCACAGAGGGAAAGAUCAGAGCAAUAAAGCCUCCAGGAGAAGCAGACUUCCAGACCAUCAAGCUGAUCAGUAACGGAGCGUACGGCGCCGUGUACUUGGUGCGUCAUUUGGAGACACGCCAGCGGUUUGCCAUGAAGAAGAUCAACAAGCAGAACCUGAUCCUGAGGAACCAAAUCCAGCAGGCGUUUGUGGAAAGGGACAUACUGACGUUUGCAGAGAACCCCUUCGUCGUCUCCAUGUUCUGUUCCUUCGAAACGCGCCGCCAUCUCUGCAUGGUCAUGGAGUACGUGGAAGGAGGGGAUUGUGCCACUUUGCUGAAGAACAUCGGGGCUCUGCCUGUGGAAAUGGCGCGCAUGUACUUCGCAGAGACUGUCCUCGCGCUGGAGUACCUACACAACUACGGCAUCGUCCACCGAGACCUCAAGCCUGACAACCUCCUAAUAACGUCAAUGGGACACAUCAAGCUGACUGACUUCGGUCUGUCUAAGAUCGGCCUGAUGAGUCUGACCACCAACCUGUAUGAAGGGCACAUAGAGAAGGACACGCGGGAGUUUUUGGAUAAACAGGUGUGUGGAACCCCGGAGUACAUCGCUCCGGAGGUGAUUCUGCGUCAGGGUUAUGGGAAACCAGUGGACUGGUGGGCAAUGGGCAUCAUCCUGUAUGAGUUCCUGGUGGGCUGCGUGCCUUUCUUUGGAGACACGCCAGAGGAAUUGUUUGGACAAGUCAUCACAGAUGACAUAGUGUGGCCAGACGGAGACGAGGCUCUUCCUGUGGACGCCCAGCACCUGAUCUCCUCUCUGCUGCAGACCAAUCCUCUGGUGCGACUGGGCACAGGUGGUGCUUUUGAAGUCAAGCAGCACUCGUUCUUCGCAGAGGUGGACUGGAACAGCCUGCUGAGACAGAAAGCGGAGUUCAUCCCCCACCUGGAGUCAGAAGAAGACACCAGUUAUUUUGACACCCGGUCGGAACGCUACCAUCACGUCCAGUCCUACGACGAAGAUGACACCAACGACGAUGAGCCAGUGGAGAUCCAUCGCUUCUCGUCCUGCUCGCCUCGCUUCAGCAAGGUGUACAGCAGCAUGGAGCAUCUGUCCCAGCUGGAGCACAAACCCCACACUGUGACUCUACGGGAGCACAAGGUUCCCAGGGAGGACCGGGUCGCCAAGCGAGAAAGCUUGGGAAGCGUCACCCUACGAGACAAGAGCUGGAGGACAAGUUCACCGGAAAUGAAGCGCCUGUCCUGUUCAGAGUCCUUCUUCACUGAAAGUGACUCCAGCCCGCCGUCCGGGGCUCGCAGGCGUUUCUCCGCCCUGAUGGAUAUGAGCCGCUUCGCCUCACCUCAGGAGCUGGACGCCGAGCCGCCGGGUCCGGGGAAGCAGCCUCCCGUCAAGACCAGGGGCGCUUCCCUGGAAGGGGCCAUCCCCUCCCACGGAGACCUGAGGACGCUCCUUAAAGAUGACAAACUUUUGAGGCCUGCCGACACGUCGCUGCCAGGCAGCGCAAGCAGUCUGGGCCUUCCUGAUCUCCAGGGGCCCCGUGGGGCCACCACGGACCUGGUGUUGCGGAGAGUCCGACACCAGCAGCUCUCGUCCGAAGGAGACAAGCGAAGCUCGCGACCGGGAUCUAAAGUCAUCAAGUCUGCGUCGGCCACUGCUCUGUCUGUCAUCAUUCCAGCAGUGGAGCAGCACAGUGCGUCCCCACUGCCCAGCCCCAUGUCGCCUCGCUCCCUGUCGUCCAACCCGUCCUCCCGCGACUCGUCUCCAAGCAGAGACUUCUGUCCCAUGGUGAACGUCCUGCACUCUCCCAUCACCAUCCACCGCUCCGGGAAGAAGUACGGCUUCACCCUCCGGGCGAUCCGGGUCUACAUAGGAGACAGUGAUGUUUACAGCGUGCAUCACAUGGUUUGGCAUGUUGAAGAUGGAGGUCCUGCGCAGGAAGCUGGCCUUAAAGCUGGAGACCUAAUAACUCACGUAAACGGGGAGUCGGUCCAUGGCCUAGUCCAUACAGAAGUAGUGGAGCUCAUCCUGAAGAGUGGAAACAAAGUUACAGUCGCGACUACUCCCUUUGAGAACACCUCCAUAAAGGUGGGGCCUGCCCGCAAGAUCAGCUACAAAUGUAAAAUGGCGCGUCGCAGCAAAAGGACCGGCGUCAAGGAGGGCCAAGAUAAAAGACGAAGCUCACUCUUCAGGAAAAUCGCAAAGCAGUCCAACCUGCUCCACACCAGCCGGAGCCUCUCGUCCUUAAAUCGCUCUCUUUCGUCUGGAGACAGCCUGCCGGGGUCCCCCACCCACAGCUUUUCUGCCCGCUCCCCCACACAGAGCUACCGCUCCACUCUGGAAUCCCCUUAUCUGGGUACGUCGUCCCAGAGCAGCUCCCCGGCAUCAAGCACUCCCAACUCCCCAGCGACUUCCCACCACAUGAGGCCCAGCUCCCUACACGGCCUGUCCCCCAAACUUCACCGCCAGUACCGCUCGGCACGCUGCAAAUCCGCUGGUAACAUCCCGCUAUCCCCCCUGGCUCACACCCCGUCCCCUACCACCUCCUCCCCUCCGCCUCUCACGGGCCACACGGUGGGGAGCUCCAACACCACCCAAAUGUUCCCCGCCAAGCUGCACUCCUCGCCUCCAGUCGCCCGCCCUCGUCCCAAGAGCGCCGAGCCACCCAGGUCUCCCCUGCUGCAGCGGGUCCAGUCCGCAGAAAAGCUCGGGGCACCCAUCCUGCCUUCCUCCUCUUCGUCGUCGCCGUCACCUUCCCCUUUGACCGGAGGAGUGUUGUUGCGCAAGCAUAGCUUAGAGGUGUCUCACGGGGACUACAGGAGAGAGUCCUUCCACUGCGAACACAGUCUGCAGAGUUUGCUGGAGAUAGAAGGAGAGAAUGGACCUGCUCCACCCUCUCCGUCCUCGUCUUCCUCCCCUUCUCCUCCUAUGGGAGCAGAGAUUGGAUCGCUGAACCAUGUGAGGAAGCUGGGGAGGCAGGAAUCUCUGCUCAGCAGAGACACACUUGUGACAGUAAAGGAGAAAGAUGUUGUUCCGUCAGCGUCUGAGCUGUCCGGGUUGCCAUACGUAAGGUCAGUUCCUCCAACAGAGUCGAAGACCAACGGUGAUACAAGCAGGGCAACACUCAAGGAGGUUGCAAGGAGUAGUGGAAGUACGAAGGCAGCUGAAACAAAGACUAGCACCUCAUCUGCAGACGUCAGAACAGGCACUGGGGUCAAGCAUUUAGGUACAAAAGUGUCAACUGUGGAGGCGACAGACUUUCCGACCAAAGCUAGCGAGAAAACUCCAGACAUAUCCAAGAGUCCACAACAAGACACAAAGCAGCAGAGUGUGCAGACAGAUGCGUUACAUGUUACCAAAACUCAGGAGAAGACAGAAGAGAAAGAAAAAAGCGCUGUAGGUGUAGAGAAAGCAAACCUCCAGAAAACAUUGACCACUGAGCAGUUCAAGCAGCAUAUGGGCUCAGAGACUGGAGACAAAGGAAGUAUCAGUGGAGGCAACAGGGCAACUGAUAUGACGAAGACCAAAGUACCUGCACCGCCAGUUCCACCCCCGGCUAAAACGCUCGCCGCGCCCAGGCACAGAGCGGAGAAGUCGGCAAGCGGCAGCCGUCUCGUCAAAGAGGAGAAGGCUCAACUGGAAGUCCUGGAGGAAAACCCAGCGUCCCCUUCCUCAAACGCUGCCUCGCCAUGCUCAAGCAAACUGCGGGCCGUGUCCCUGGGGGACAAGACCAGCUUCGUCACCCAGCUCACAAGUGUGGCUAAGACGGUCCUGGGUCCCAUGAAAGGAGGGUCUCAAGAGGGCAGCAAAACGAAAGACGCCUCAAAGUCAAGUGAGGAGAAGAAGGGAAGCGCAGCGGGGAAAGCGGAGGGCUCGUCCGCAGGGGUCCGCCGAGGGGCCCAGGGCUUCACCACAGCCACUGCUCACUCUGAUAAAGGUAACAGUCGGAGCGCUAAGCAUCACUCGUGAUGUGAAAGCUUCAGAAACACUGAGACUGCCCCCAUGUAAUGCCUUUAACUGUAGCAUCAGACUGACAUAACAUACAAAUUAGUAUGAGGCAGAGAAAACAAUGCCUGAACAAAAAUAUUUUUAAAAAAUACACCAAAUAGAAAAGACGUAGAAAAGAUGUCAAUGAUCAAGUACUGAUGUGAAAAUGUGCACAUGGUGUUUUGAUGUAGACCUGCAUACGUACUGUAUGCUCAUCUCACGUUGUGUAUAUUGUAAACAAAAAAGAAAUGCAUAUGUCUUCAUGCAUGUCUGAUUAGGGAGAAUGACAGACUAUUUAAGCAGAAGAUGAAUACUAUACUGCGGACCUUGAGAUAGAAAACACUGUGAACAACCUUUCAACUUGACAAGCAGACUUUUGACUGUGUGGAAGUGCGAUUCUGGCAGAAAAGGGCAUUACUCACAUUUCAGCUAUCGGUUCCAGGGAUGUCAUUUAGUUCUAUGCUGUAUUUAUUUGAAGUUCGGGUACUAAAACGUGUCACCAAUAGAGUGAAUUUUCACGCCUUCAAUGCCUUGCAAAGAAAAAACAAAACAAAAAAAAUGCCCCUUGAACUUUUUCAAAGCUUUCGCCACAAAUUCUAAAUUGGAUUUAGGUUUGUACUUUGACUGGGCCAUGUCCUUUCAGCUAAACCAUUCCACACUUCCAGUAUUUUUUCUGUACUUCAAAUUAUGUCUGUCCUCAAAAGACUACGACCCUCAAGCACCAAUUUAAUUUUGAUGUUAAAAUUUGCAUGUUCUAUGAUCCACCCACAGAUUGCGUUUAUGCUUCUCUCUUCAUAAAUGCACAAAUACAACAGGUUUUUUAUUUUGUUCAUGGUGAAUAUGGUAAAUGUCAGUAAUGUAGUAAAUAUAAAUGUCUAAUUACUUGAAGGAUUCUUAAGUCAACAACCAAAACUUCAACUCAGACAUCAAACUUUAUUCAACUGAACGUUUUACAAAACAGCCAGGUAAAUUAUUGCUUAAGAGUUUAUCUGCAAAAUUUGACUUGAGGGAAGCUAAAUGUGCUUAACGUUUUCAAAGUUAGCAAAAAAUAAAAUAAAAUAAAAUUAGCUUCACAGUUAGCGUGUUAGCGAAUUAGAGUGCCCACCUCUGACUGGAAUAUUAUAAUUUUGGACCAAAGUUAAGCUUUUUUCAGGGAGUUUACAAAACAGCCACGUAAAUUAGCUUCAGAGUUUGUCUGGAAAUUUUAAUUUAAGGGGAGCUAAAUGGGCCUAACUUUUAACGUCGGCAAAUGCACGAAACAAAAAACUCCUGUAACACUGAGCAUUUUGGGCCUGACCUUUGUCACCAACAGCGAAACCAUCAAAACACCAACUGUCACAUAACAUUUCAAUAAAAGACGCUGCGGUUGUAACAUUACAGAAGGUCGAAGGGGUAUAAAUACUUUUGUGUGGCAUUUUGUACUUUGUUUUGGUGAUUGAAGGCGUCGCAAACAGAAUGGUUUUUCAUGUAUGGUGGGCUGAGGAUUCGCUGUACACAGCAGAAAGUGAACCAAGAAACCAAAAUGCGUGCAGUGACAGAGUUGAAGGAUGGAUCAGAUAGUUUCCCUCAGAUCUGUAAAGGGCUGAUUGAGAGGAAGAAAUCCGAUGAACUUGCACAGGGACACUAUGCAAUGUGCUGCCAAAUGCCACUAUUGUCCCGUCUUUGUGUCUCCCGGGUGUCUACGUUUACAUUGUGCUCCAGACAACUAUAGAAAACAGCAUGAAGCGUACAAUAAGUCAAUCAGAGACAUACUGUUUCAUUUUGAAAACUUGCGUCUGCUAAUUACAGUGAUAUGUGCAAUUCUACAUUUUAGAGUAAAAUGUGUAAAAUAUGUCCGUUCAGAGCGUGGCAGCGGUUAAUGACACACGUGGAAAGUAGCACUUAGAGGAGAGAGCGGUUUUCAGUCACGCUUUUUCACUCGCGCUCAGCUACAGUUUGUGGUGUCGUACCAGGCGAAACGGGAAGUGCCAGUGUUUUUACUUAAAGGUUAUGUGGUCAUCUUUGUUGUUGUUGUGGAGUUUGUUUGUUUUUUUUCUUACUUAAAAUGUUAAAUAAUAUGCAAUCCCAUCAGUGCCCAGUCCUGUAACACUGAGCAUCACUGUCUGUGAGAAGAGCAUAGAUUUGUUGUUGUGUGUUAACAUGUAGUGUCAGGGCAAUAGGUAUCAGACUUGUCUUAGACUGCCACCUUGUGGGCAACAUGACGUAGAGCCAGAAGGGAACCUUAGUGUCCGAUAUCCUCACUCUGUGGAACUUGUGUUGUGCAUAGUUUGUAGUUCUUAUGCAUAGGCAGACAUGUUUACGUUGAUCUCAAUUGCAAUCUUCAUCUUAUCUCUGAUGAUGUAGUUUUAACAAUAAACACCAGUGUUUCAUGUGUAACCGAAUUGCACUUUAUGUUGCGUUUCACCGAUAUAUUUAUAGCCAGGACUUUACAUUCACUGUAUGAAAAGACAGUUGUUUGUUUUGUUUUUUGGUCUGGUUUUCGCUAAGUUUCCUUUUGUCAAGAUUACCAAAAUGAUCUCUAUUAACUAUAUGUUGCAAUUAUGAGAGUAACGUAGAUUUAGAUUUGUCUCCAACAACAGUUUUCUGGAGUUUUGGUCCAUUACGUCUGACAGAACUGAUACAACAGAGUCAGGAUUUUCAGUUUUUAAUUUAACCAGGGAAAAAAGAUUAAAAAUAUUUUUUUCCCCCAACAGUGUCCUGCCCUGGAUUUGUAGGUCACCUUUUUAGCUCAGCCUAAAACUACUAUUAUGUUUCAAAACAUUGAUCUUAUGGUUUUUAAGCCGUUUUUUGUAACCAGGGUCCGAUUGUCCAUUUUGUUUUCUUUGUGGUUCGUGCCAGUGGCGACACCCAGUCGUUGAUGCUGGAAAAGGGCUUUUCAUUGCAAUUAAACUACUUUCAAUGUGGACAAAAACCGCCUCAUAUCCUAGUGGCAAAAUGUUUUAUUAAUCAAAAGAAGAAGUUUUUUCAAAGUGUCCCAUUAAAUGUGCACAAAACUUUGUAUGAUUCUUUUCCUAAUUUAUUAUGAUCUUCUUGUGAUUUCAUGUAACGAAGCAAUAUAUUGCCUUAAAAGUCACUGGUCCUCUUAACUUAAAUUCAGCAUGAAUUAAUCUAUCAGAAGCUUAAAAAGACCAAGUCAAUACUUUAUAUGGCAUAUUUUCAUGUCUUAUAAAGCAAAGUUUUAAAAAUCCUCUCUCUAACUUUUAGCGAACACAAAUGAUUUCUGUAAUCAUAACUGACCAAAAGGAGGAAACGUAGUUUGAGGUAAUGUCGAACAGUUUCAAAAAACUGGUUCGUUUUCUCUUUUUUCAUACAGUGAACAUAAACAUCUGGCUUCGAGCGUUUAUGUGGGCAGAGUUCCAGCCUUUUUACAUUUUUUUUUAAUUCUAUUUAUUGAAUUUUGUAUUUAUUUAUUUAAGAUUCCGAUGUACUGUUGGAAAUAUUCAGCGCAAUAUUGAAAUAGAUCAUUAAGUACCCCCACCAGAUAUGCGUGGUUGCUCUCCCUUCGGUUCUGACCCCUCACUCUGUAAGUUCCGAAGUUGCUAACAUUACUGUCAUGUCCAUGUUUGUCCAAGUGUUUGACCUUUUUUUUUCUUUCUUCUUUUUUUUUUUUUACAGCAGCUCUUGUGAAUAACUAAUGUCAAAUGAAAUGUCAACUAGAAAGUAAAUAAAUUGUGUCAGAAACCCUUGGUAUCAUCUGA